GUGCCCUCUGCUCCUUCUGCCCACGAUCUUCCUUGCUCUGCCCACAUUGCUGGCCUCAGGCCCAGACACCUGCUCCGGUCCAGGAAAAUGACUGCUCUUCGAAUGCUGUGGAUGGGGCUGGUCCUGCUGGGGCUCUUGGGAUUCCCACAGACUCUAGCCCAGGGUGAGGGCCAUGUCUCGGUACAGCCCAACUUUCAACAAGACAAGUUCCUGGGGCACUGGUACAGCAUAGCCCUCGCCUCCAAUUCAACCUGGUUCCGGGAUAAGAAAACAGGACUGUUUAUGUGCAAGGCAGUGCUAGCUCCCUCCACAGACGGCGGCCUCAACCUCACCUCUAUCUUCCUCAGGAGGAACCAGUGUGAAACCAAGAUCAUGAUGCUGCAGCCCGGGAAGGUUCCCGGACAAUACAACUACCGCAGUCCCCACUCGGGCAAUGUCCAAACCAUCUCCGUGGUGGAAACCAACUACGACGAGUAUGCACUGCUGCUCAGCACGGGCACCAAGGGCAUGGGCCAGCCCUUCCUCAUGUCCACCCUCUACAGCCGAACCCAGACCAUAAAGGACGAACUAAAGGAGAAAUUCACCGCCUUUAGCCAUGCCCACAGCCUCACAGAGGAAGACAUUGUUUUCCUGCCCCAACCGGAUAAGUGCAUUUAAAAGUGAGAACAGGUGAUCUGGCCCUCAGGACUCCUUCACUCUGUCACUCUCGAGACCAUAGCCCUGGCUCCCCAAAGUGCCUCUACACCCUGCAGCUUUGUCUUGAUUAAGAAAUAAAGUCCAAAGCAAAUCA